AUAUUUCCUCCUAUCCUGUAGGUUGUCUUUUCAUUUUGUUUAUAGUUUCCUGUGCUGUGCAAAGCUUAUGAAUUUGAUUAGGUCCUAUGUGUUUAUUUUUGAUUUUGUUUUUGUUGCUUUGGUAGACUGACUGACCUAGGGGAACUUUGCUACUAUUUAUGUCAGAGAAUAUUUUGCCUGUGUUCUCUUCUAGCAGAUUUAUGGUGUCUUGUCUUAUGUUUAAGUUUAUUUUUGUGUAUGGCAUGAGGGAUUGUUCUAACUUCAUUGAUACACAUGCGGCUGUCCAGCUUUACCAGCACCACACGCAAGAGACUGCCUUUCUCCAAUGAAUGGUCUUUUCUCCUUUGCUGAAGAUCAAUUGGCCAGGAGUUCAUGUUGCUGCAGUUAACUCCCUGGGCCAAACACCACUUUUCAUUGCUGCAUUAUUAGGCCUUACAAAAGUAGUUGAUAUCCUGGUGGAUUAUGGAUCAGAUCCAAAUCACCGCUGCUUUGAUGGGAGCACCCCUGUCCACGCAGCAGCAUUUUCAGGCAAUCAGUGGAUCCUCAGCAAACUGCUGGAUGCAGGGGGUGAUCUUCGACUCCACGAUGAGAAUGGUCGAAACCCGCAAACCUGGGCCCUGGCAGCAGACAAGGAACGCAGCACCGCGAUGGUGGAGUUCAUGCAGCGCUGCGCCCUACACAUGCAGACCAUCAUCCAGGGCUUCUCCUAUGACCUCCUGAAGAAGAUUGACUCCCCACAGCGGCUCAUCUGUAGCCUGCCCCGGUUUGGGGGCCUCAUGCCGGGAAACCCUAAUGGCUCUCCUAACCGACUGCUUAAAGCUGGAGUCAUUUCUGCCCAAAAUAUCUACAGCUUUGGCUUUGGAAAGUUUUAUCUUACAGGGGGAACGCAGCUGGCCUACCUAGGAUCUCUUCCAAUAAUUGGAGAAAAAGAAGUGAUUCAAGCUGACGAUGAGCCCACCUUCUCUUUCUUCAGUGGACCCUACAUGGUCAUGACCAACCUGAUGUGGAAUGGGAGCAGGGUGACAGUGAAGGAGCUGAGCUUCCCCACCCACCCGCACUGCAGCAGGUUGCGGCUGGCUGACUUGUUAAUUGCUGAGCAAGAGCACAGCAGCAAGUUGCGGCACCCCCACCUGCUGCAGCUGAUGGCCGUGUGCCUAUCCCAGGACCUGGAGAAGACCCGCCUUGUAUACGAGCGCAUCACAGUUGGCUCGCUGUUCUCUGUCCUCCAUGAACGGCGGUCCCAGUUCCCGGUGCUGCACAUGGAGGUGAUUGUGCACCUGCUGCUCCAGAUCUCUGACGCCCUGAGAUACCUGCAUACUCGGGGCUUUAUCCACCGUUCCCUCAGCUCCUACGCCAUCCACAUCAUCUCCACAGGGGCAGCGAGGCUGGCCAACCUGGAGUACAUGGUGGAAAGCCAGGACGGAGGUGUACACAGGGACCUGACUCAAGUACCCCUUCCCACCCAGCUGUACAACUGGGCUGCCCCAGAGGUGAUCUUACAGAAGGCAGCGACGGUGAAGUCAGACAUCUACAGCUUUUCUAUGAUCAUACAGGAGAUUUUAACAGACAGCAUACCCUGGGAUGGCUUAGAUGGCUCAGUUGUUAAAGAAACCAUAGUCUUGGGAAAUUAUUUAGAAGCGGAUGUCAGGCUUCCAAAACCGUACUAUGAUAUUGUUAAGUCAGGCAUCCGGGUCAAGCAGAAAGACCGAACUAUGAACCUUCAAGAUAUCCAGUAUAUUCUGAAGAAUGACUUAAAGGAUUUUAUUGGAGCCCAGAGGACUCAGCCAGCCGAAAGUCCCAGGGUGCAGAGAUAUGAGCUCCAUCCUGAUGUCAAUGUCUAUCUAGGACUGACUUCAGAACAUCCAAAAGAGACCCUUGACUUGCAAGUAAAAGAGCUGAAGGAAACGGGUAGUCAGCCUCCUUCACCAAGGGGCCCCUCUUCUCCCACUGAGAAAGCAACACCAGAGCCUCCGGUCCCAGACCCGAGCCCAGAGGCCCAGGAGCCUCAGAACCAAGAUGCUGCUUCUCCUGCUUGCUCUGUGGCUGAAGAGGCCAGGAGCUCCAGCCCGGGUCUGGCAAGCCUCUGCAGCUUUGAAAUCAAUGAAAUCUACUCAGGCUGCCUGGACCUGGGCGCUGGCUUGUCGUCCAACCAGGUAGAUGAGCUGAAGUCCAUGGAAGAAGAGUUGGAAAAGAUGGAGAGAGAGGCAUGCUGUUUCCGCGACGAGGACGAGAGCUCUUCAGAAGCCGGCACAGAGCUCUCUUUUGAGGACUGGGACUGGCAGAACAGUUCACUUAGUUUACUCGGCCUGCCUGAGCCUGCCCGAGGAGCCCGCGGCACUGUGAGCCGCAGGGCCACGACCGAGGAGUACAUCAGUAAGUGUGUGCUGAACCUGAAGAUUUCACAGACCAUCAUGCACCAGAAUGACGAUUUGCUGUGGAGUAUCCAGCAGAAACUAGAUGAGACUGAAACGAUGCAGAAGGAGCUGGAGGAGCGCUGGUCUUUGUGGGCUUCCUCCAGAGAAGUUCCACGUGCCCGCGACUUCCCGGCAGCCGUGAGUCCCCCAUCUUUAAACUAUGUUCCUCCUGUCAUGCAGCUGCCAGGGGGCAGGCAGCCGGACACUGGUGGCGGCUCCCCAGCACCAGCACGGUCUCCAAGAACAGUGAGAGACUUUCAAGGAGGACAUUUUGGCAAAAGGUCCAAGAAAAGAAGCGGCUGUGGCUGGACAUCUUUCACCGAAUUCGCAGAAGAAAGCACUAGGGAUCAGUCUGAGCAGGACCAUCAGCUGCCAGCUCUUCGUGACCCUGGAAAACAGAGCACAGGCGAACAGUUUCAGCCCACUCAUGGAGCCAAGGACAGUUCGGAAAGAAAGAGGAACCAACAUGCCAGCAGGAUCAGUAUGGAAUCAGUGUCUUCAGAAAUCUUUAACGCAAAGUCAAGAAAUAGUGAAGAUGAUGGAGAGACACACUUAAAAUGGAAAAGGGAGGUGAAAGAAAUGGCAGAGAAAGCAGCUUCGGGGCAGCUGGCGGUGCUUUCUUGGCGUCCUCAGAACAGUUUGACUUUAGAGAAUGAGGCUGAAAAUGAGCCUGCUCCCCUGCUGCAGCCCCCCAGUCGGGUCUCUGAGCACGUGGAUUGGCAGCAAGCUGUACAGCAUCCCAAGAAAAGUGAUGCGCCGGGAGGAAAUGAGAAGUGUGACAUAACAGACGACAGUGACCAUAACAGGGACCAGCGUGGCAGACAGCCAGGGCCUCCAAGUUUCACUAGUAUCAGCAACCUGCCCCUCAGAAAAAAUAAGCAGCCAGAGCACAGUAAAGUCUUUCCAGCAAAUUCUGAUGCAUCUGUGGUCAUUGAGAAAUCUUACAGCGAUCAGUUCAGGCAAUCAACUUGUUCACCAGAGUCUUCUGAAGACGUAACGGAUGAAUUUUUGACUCCAGACUAUGAAUAUUUUUACUGUGCAACUGCUCAAGAAAACUUGGCUCUAGAGACCUCAAGUCCCAUUGAAGAAGACUCUGAAGGAACACCGGAUACUUGUGCCCAACCUCAAGCUUCCGAUGAAGAAAAGUUUCAAAUGAGAAAAAGAUUUGGAAAGAAUGCUGAAAUUUUGACCAAGUGUCAACUCCAACCUAUACGAAGCACUGAAGGCGAACAAGAGGAGACACUAAAGGAGUCACCAAAGGAAAUGAAAGAGAAAGACAUAUCAUUGACAGAUAUUCAGGACCUGUCUAGUAUCUCCUAUGAACAAGACGGUUCUUUUAAGGAAGUCUCAUGCAAAACACCCAAAAUAAACCAUGCGCCUACUAGCGUCAGCACGCCGCUCAGCCCAGCAGGGUCAGUUUCUUCAGCUGCUAGUCAAUAUAAAGACUGCCUGGAAAGUAUCACAGUUCAGGUUAAAACAGGGUCUACCUCAUGCUGGAACCGUCAAGAAUUUAUUCAAACUUUGUCUGAUAAAUUUGUAACUGUCCGAGAGAGAGCAAAGCGCCUAGAUUCCCUUCUUACUUCCUCUGCAACUCCACCUUCAAGACUCACUAAUCUCAGAAGAUUGCCUGCAUUCCCUGGGGCUGGUUCCUCUAGCAUCGCUAAGGCGCCUGACACAUCAUCCCCUGCUACUCAGAAAAGGAGCCUGCCGAAAGAACCAGUAGAAGCCAUCUCUCAACAUAACAUUGAUGAGCUACCACCACCAUCUCAGGAGCUGCUUGAUGAAGUCGAGCAGUUAAAGUGGCAAGAGGCCUCAUCCACAGUGGUGGAUGAGAACACAGCAAGUCAUCUGGACAUCACUGCAUGUGAUCAAAGCUAUUUAGAAGAACAAGAAACUAACAGUAAAAAAGAAGACAGCAGUAUGCUCUGGACCAAAGAAACUGAGGAUCUAGAAGAGGACACAGAGAGAGCUCACUCUACUCUGGAUGAGGACCUGGAGAGAUGGCUGCUGCCACCUGAGGACGUCACGGAGCUGCAGGAUCUCCCCACGGGCUCGGCAAGGGAGACAAAUACCACGGAUAAAGAAGUUGGCGAAGAAAAGAGAAAAGGGGAAGAAAGCAUCAAGCCAGCGAGAAGGACAUCAGAGAGCUUUUUAGGGACUUCUGAAGAAGAGGAACUAAAAAAACCCUGUUUUUGGAAGCGUCUGGGUUGGUCUGAACCAUCCAGGAUAAUCGUGUUGGAUCAGAGUGACCUGUCCGACUGACGGGAAGUGGACCACAGGUGGACUCCUGGCCUGAGUCUGAGCGUCCUGCUCAUGAGCUGUCUGCUUCCCUUGUCCACAGGGCUUCUGUAGCGCAUGCUCUGUUCAGCUGCCACAGGAGGCAGAAUGACUAGUUUGUUUGCAGCACUUUCAGCCAUUUGUUUUCAGUCAGACUUCUGAAAAGUAAAAGGUCGUUUCGAUUGUAAAACUGUCUUACUGUGCCCAGAAUGGCGUUCAGUUUUUUUGACAUAGAUUUAAAAAACUUUCACUCUUGUUAUAUAAUAAAAUGUUUCCUUUUAAUACCA